UCGACCCAGGUUCCCAUCAGAUCUCCAAAGUUCCGUCAGCGGAGGCGGGGGACUCACCAACAGCCUCGGGUCGAUGAGCAGGGAGGAACUUUUCCGCAGCAUAUGCACCGACAACGCCGCCGCCACGGGAGCGGAUGGGGGAGCCUCCGUGUCACGACAGGGUAGCUUGGCGUUGCUCGAGAGCGCCGGCCGGAAGACGGCGGAGGAGGUAUGUCUGGAGAUCGGCGCUGGCCAGGUGGCUGAGGGCGGGGAGGGAUUGUCAGAAAAAUGUGACAACAGAUCAUCUGCUAAAGCCACCGCAACUGGAUCUGGAUCUGGGUCGGAGGACUUCUUGGUUCGGGCAGGGGCGGUGGCAGAGGAGGACGUCGGAAUCCCGUCCGGUUCCAUCCAAGCUGGCGGCGGGUCCAAUCCAGCGGAGCAGCAGCAAAAGAAGAGAAUUAAGCAGGAUAAGCAAUACAAGCUUCCAUUUUUGCUGGACUACAUUUCAUAUUUAAGUCAUUUGUCUGUCUUCGGAAUUCUUGGGGUAUAUACAAGAUAUUUGCUACAGAAGCUCUUUGGGCCUGACCACUUGAAUCUCACAGGUGAAAAUAAUCCAUUGUACCUCGAUCUGCCCUCCAAUAUGUUAGGUUCCUUCCUGAUGGGGUGGAUCGGAUUUGUGUUCAAGGCAGAUAUUCUCCUCGUGUCUGAUCAUUUGCAGGUAGGAUUAAGCACAGGCUACCUGGGCAGUCUCACCACAUUCAGUGGAUGGAGCCAGAAGAUGCUUGAAUCGUCUUCCAAAGGCCACUGGGCCGAUGCAAUUGCCGGCUUCCUACUUGGGAUUUUUCUCGUCAACUACAGCAUCAUAUUGGGAAUUGGAUGUGGUGGAAGACUUCGCAAAAGAGUUAUCGGAUGGUGCGACAAUUCGACAAGGAGAAGAACAUCCAGCAUGGAUAACUUCAAUAAGCAUGUGGCCAUACUGACUGUUGCUUUACUGAUUUGGCUAUCGAUAUGGAUCUUGAGUGCAGAAUUCUUCAGGCUCAAGCUCGAUGAUCUUAGUGACUCGGCCGUUCCUUGGCUAGCUUUCUUGGUGGGUCCUCCAGGUGUGUGGACACGCUGGCACUUGGCUGGUUUAAAUGGCCAAGGUCUUGGGAGGAAAAGAAUGCUCAAGUGGCUUCCGAUCGGAACACUCCUGGCUAAUGUCCUUGCUGCAUGUAUCGUGGCUGCACUUGCUACGAUCAGCAAAGAGGUAAACACCAAGAGAUGCACAAUUAUCGUAAGUGGGAUUCAGCUAGGGUUUCCUGGGUGCUUGAGCACUGUUUCUGCUUUUGCUGCCGAGGUUUAUGGUAUGUGGGAGGCUGGGCAUGGCUUGAAUGCUUUCUUGUACAUUGCUGCUACCAUCACAAUAUCAUUUGCUUUAGGAACCCUUAUUUACUCAGUUCCGGUAUGGAUCAAAGAUUAUAGAUGACGAUUUGUUUCAUAAUUUAUAUAUAUAUUGCAAAUGACUAAUAUGAAAGAAUAACGUAGCAAAAGCUAUAUGUUAGUUUGUAUUUUUUAAAAAAUAUUUUUAAUCUUU